AUGUCACACAACUUGGAUUGGUUUAGCAGUGCGUCGAAGAACAAGUGCUCUGCUGCAGUUGGCUUCAAGUGGAUGCUUAAUCAGGGAGUGAUGGAUCACCAUACAGAAAUUGUGCAGUACUUCACCCAUAGACAUGUUUAUGUAAUUUUCCUCUUCCGCAGAAAUCUUCUGCGCCGCAUGGUGUCAGUGCUAGCAAAUUCCUAUGACCGCUAUGCUAAACUGUUGAAUGGAACCCACAAGUCCCACGUGCAUUCUCCUCAAGAGGCUGCGACACUCUCGGGAUACAAGCCUACGAUCAACUCCUCAUCGUUGAUCAAUGAUUUCAAGGAGAUGGAGGAGACAGUUUCCAAGGUUUUGACAUACUACAUUACCACGAGGCACAUGGUGCUCUACUACGAGGAUCUCAUGAAGAAUUGGACUAAGCUAAAAGAAGUACAAGAGUUCCUCAGUCUGCCAACGAUGGAUUUGACGAGCCGCCAGAUCAAGAUACAUAGUGGGCCGUUGUCGGACCAUAUCAAGAACUGGGAUGAUGUUUUGACGACAAUUAAUGGGACGAGUUAUGAGCGCUUCAUCCAUGCUGACUAUUGAACUGUGCUUCAUCGGCAAGAUUUUGGAAUUAUGUACAUAACAAGUUAAAGUUAGUCAUCUUCUUGGGUGCAGAAGCUAACGACAGGAGCCACGAGAAUCGUGCUCUCAGAGGCUGCUCGUUUUUUGGGCCUAAGUUUUGCUUCCUCCUCUGCAUUCAACACAUAGUUGAAUCUCACAGUAAUUCUGUUCCUUUUUCAGUUCUAAAAGCUUGUCAUUCUUGAUUAUUACCCACUAGGUCUGUUGCAUCUGCUAAUUAAGAGAGUAGUCUUUUCAUUUUUGACAUUCCCAAGACUCGAUACCGGGCCUGCACUCACACCCGACACCCCAAAUCACCAGGCCAGAUCGCCGCGGGGGACUUGAUCAAAAGAGUAAUUGCUAGCUAUGAUUAAUGAGAAGGCUCUUUGAUUGUUUU